AAAAUAGAGAUGUCAACAUCAAAAAGUAGUUCUCUUUUAAGACUUAAUCAAGAAAGUCGGCAUAUUACCGACGAUUGGCAAACUCGCGAAACCGAUUCGGAAAUAAGCGACAAUGAUUUUAUUACGAAGGGUGCAUUCCUUUUAACACCUAGCCAUGACUUCAAUAUAGAAAAAGCAGCGGCCAUUUGUGAAAAAAUGAACUUCCGCGGAGCAUUUUCUUUAACAAAAACAGCUACUGGAAUACUUUUUAAAUUUAGCAAUACUGACGAUUAUCAUGCAGUGUACAAGAAAGGUUUUCACAAAGUAACUGGUGCACGUUUUUACAAGAAGAUUGCUAUACCAUGUAGACCAGCGAAGACGUUUACCGUAUACGUUUUAGAUGUACCAGAGGAAUUACCAGAAGAUGAUAUCAGGCAUGCUUUAUUUAAAUAUCGUUCCAUAGUGGAAGUAACGAGGGUACCUUUAGCCACUGGAACUGUUUGUAAGUUUAAAAAGAAAUCUUCUUUAUCGUUCGUAGGAAAGAUUAUUAUGUUAUUUUCGAAUUUUAAAAAUUUUAUGUAUGAUUUAGUAAAAGCCAUCAAUGAUAGAUUAAAAAAUGAAGCGCAAAACGUAAACGAACCAGCAACAAUCUAUACAGGACCACCUGUUAUAAGAGUUACCCUUGCUAAUUUGGAAGAAACUACUAUAUUGCUUAGUCAAGGAUUAGAUUUUUAUGGAGCAACUUAUUUUCCUACUGACACGCCAUUUACUUCAUCGCAAUCUCUUGUGAAAUAUAAAAGCAACAGAUGGAAUGAACUUGCAUCAAUUUAUCCUGGCCAAAGAGUUAGAGAUUUAUUACCAGUCUUUGACAAUACUGGCUUUGAUAAGAUUCCACCACCUACAAGUCGUAUGAUAAAACCACCAAAAAAUUGAUAUAAGAAAAAUAAAAGCAUUUUUGAUAUAACUUUGCUUUGAUGUCAAUUACGUCUGAAUAAAUAUAAUAAAGACAAACAAA